UACAUUUAAAGGUCAUCUUUAUUCCUGUUAGUGCAAACGGAUUUAAACUUGAAGGAGUUAUCAUGGCUGUGAGGCUGAAGAAAAUGAAGCUCUUGACCUAUUGCAAAUGUAAUGCCGGCUUAAUUAGUAAUUUCAAACUUUGCCUGCUUACCAAAAUUUGUGCAUUCCAUCUGCCUUAUAACCAUUCAGAAAUGUUGAAGGAGUUGAACCAGCAACGCAGAGCGAAAGAGUUUACAGACCUGAAAAUUAUUGUUGAAGGCAAAGAGUUUGAAGUCCACCAAAAUGUUCUAGCUUCCUGCAGCUUGUAUUUCAAGGACCUGAUUAAAAGGUCACCCCGGGACAGUAACAGAAGCAGCGAGAAGCUGGAGUUGGAAUUAUCAAAUCUCACAGCGGAUGUCCUGGAACUGCUGCUGGAAUUUGUUUAUACAGGUUCCUUAGUAAUAGAUUCUGCCAACGCCAAGACUCUUCUUGAGGCUGCCAGCAAAUUCCAGUUUCAUACAUUCUGCAAAGUCUGUGUCUCUUUUCUAGAAAAACAGUUGACUGCUAGCAAUUGCUUAGGAAUAUUAGCCAUGGCUGAAGCAAUGCAAUGCAGCGAACUAUAUAACAUGGCGAAGGCCUACGCCCUGCAGAUUUUCCCAGAGGUGGCAAAUCAAGAGGAGAUUCUUAAUAUCUCAAAGGAUGAUGUCAUUUCCUAUAUGUCGAAUGACAGCCUAAACACAAAAACGGAAGAAUUGGUUUAUGAAACGGUGAUAAAGUGGAUUAAAAAAGAUCCCUCUGUCAGAGCACAGUAUUCUGCUGAGCUGUUGGCAGUGGUCCGUUUACCCUUCAUCCAUCCCAGUUAUCUGCUAAACGUUGUUGACAAUGAGGAACUGAUAAAAUCUUCAGAGGCCUGCCGGGAUCUGGUGAACGAAGCCAAGCGUUAUCACAUGUUGCCGCAUGCCCGGCAAGAGAUGCAGACUCCAAGAACCCGGCCCAGGUUAUCAGCAGGUGUAGCGGAAGUGAUAGUCCUAGUUGGAGGCCGUCAGAUGAUUGGAAUGAAUCAACGUGCUUUAACAGCAGUAACGUGCUUCAAUCCUCAGAACAACAAAUGGUACCCACUAGCCAGCCUGCCCUUCUAUGAUCGGGAGUUCUUUAGUGUGGUGAGCGCUGGAGACAAUGUCUACCUCUCAGGUGGUAUGGAGUCUGGAGUCACACUGUCUGAUGUCUGGUGCUACAUGUCGCUCCUUGAUAACUGGAAUCUCGUUUCCCGAAUGACAGUCCCACGAUGUCGGCACAACAGCUUGGUUUAUGAUGGCAAAAUAUAUACCAUAGGAGGCCUUGGUGUAGCAGGCAACGUUGAUCAUGUGGAGAGGUAUGACACCAUCACCAAUCAGUGGGAGACCAUUGCUCCUUUGCCAAAGGCGGUGCAUUCUGCAGCUGCAACUGUUUGUGGUGGAAAGAUCUAUGUGUUUGGAGGCGUGAAUGAAGCUGGCCGAGCUGCUGGAGUCCUGCAAUCAUACGUUCCUCAGACGAAUGCAUGGAGUUUUAUAGAGUCACCUAUGAUAGGUAAAAGUAACAUGCUUCCAGCUGUCACUUGAGGAUGGGGAAGGAGCAACACAUAUGCUGUUGAAUUGUUGACAAUGAAUUCAAAUUGUAUGUAUCCAAAUUCAAAUGGUAGCAAGACA